AUGAAUAAGAAUUGGAACGACCGGGCCGACAAAGACCUAUUCUUUACCAUCUUGUCGGUCAAGAACAUCGGCGUCAUUAGCGGAGCGGAAUGGACUACAAUCGGUAACCACAUGAGAGCCCUGGGCUAUGGCUUCACCAAUGAAGGCUGCCGCCAACACUUCCAAGGCCUUCGCCGAGCCCAGAACAAGUCGGAUGCUGGUGGCACACUCAUGCCUGAUGGGACUAGGCGGCCUGUCGACCCAACCUUGAACCCCAUCACCAGGCGCCCGGGUCCCGGCCGCGGCCGGCCUAGAAAGCAGCCCCAGACGCAACCAGGCCCAGUAGUUUCGCUCCCCCAGGCCCAGCUUCACCAUGUUCCCACGCAACAGCCGCUGGUGCAGGUGCCGCUGCAAGACCAACACCAGGUCCAGCAGGCACAACCUCAGGAACCGCAGCAGCUGCAGCAGCUGCAACAUCAACAGCCGUCCCAGAUAUUACCCACCCAGCUUCAUGUUCCCAUGGACUCGAUACAGCCGAGCGAGUCGCCGACUUUGUCGCCUCCCGUCAGUGUUGAGAACACCCUGCCCGCCGCCUUGUCUGUCUCUGUCCCCGUUCCCGUCUCCCUGGAUCCCUCCGAAGCCCUCACGCUCCCCGAUAAUGACGAGGAUGAUGAGCCGGACGAUCACAUCGUCAAGCGGCAGAGACUUGAUGACUCGCCAACAGAGCAAACCCUUGACGAAAAUGAUGUGCUUGGCCAACUGACGCAUGGGACCGCGCCUGAUAGCUACCCUUCGCCUACCUUCAACUACGCCGAGGCUUAA